AUGGCAAACCCGCAGUCCCCUGGCGCGCUGCUCUCCGACUCACCGAAGGCCGCAACGCCCAUUGCCGAGGAUGAGGAGCAAGCUGCGGAGCUACCGAUGACGAUGGCAGCGAGCGUCGUUCUGACGAGUUUACCAAAGGACGCGCAUAAGGCGCUCGAGGGAGCAGGAGAGGUAGGAAUCGACAAGGUGACCGUCCGCUUUCGGGCAGUAGGCUCCGCACCGCAGCUCCGUCAGCCGGUGGCGAAGGUUUCGGCGUCGAAUAGCUUCGAGACAGUGGUUCGCUUUCUGCGACGUAAGUUGGGCGUUAAGGACCACGAAAGCGUGUUCUGCUACGUCAACAGUGUCUUUGCUCCGGGGCUGGACGAGGGGCUUGGCAACCUCUGGAGGUGUUUCAAGACGAAAGAGGAACUCGUAGUUGCGUAUGCCAUUCAGCCAGCAUUUGGUUAA